ACGAAAGUUAAUAAAUAUUAAUUAAUUUGUCCACAUCCUACGUCGUUUAAUUCAUCUUUCUCCUCGAAUCCACCUACGAUUAACCCAAAACCAGGAUCCAGCUCAGAUGGCGAGCCUCUGGCAUGCCGCGAUGGGCCAGAAGGAGAAGCCCGAGGACUAUAACGACGUGGAGUUCUGGUCGGGGCCGGAGCGAGCCGGUUGGCUAACCAAGCAAGGCGAAUACAUUAAGACGUGGCGUCGCCGGUGGUUCGUGCUCAAGCAAGGGAAGCUCUUCUGGUUCAAGGACUCCACCAUAACCCGCGCUUCCAGGCCACGUGGCGUAAUACCAGUGGCCUCCUGUCUCACCGUCAAGGGCGCUGAGGACGUUCUCAACAAACAGUACGCCUUCGAGCUCUCCACCAGGACGGAAACCAUGUACUUCAUUGCCGACUCAGAGAAAGAGAAGGAGGACUGGAUCAACUCGAUCGGACGGUCUAUAGUGCAGCACUCGAGGUCAGUCACCGAUUCUGAGAUCGUCGAUUACGAUAGUAAGAAAUGAGCUGCUUAGUUUACUCAAUAAUAAUAAUAAAAUAAAAAUGUCAGAUUGAAGAAGUAGAUGAGUCUGAGCCUUCGACCUUGUAUUCUUCUUUUUUUUUCUUUCUUUUUUUUUUUUUUUUAUUAAGUGCAUAGUGUACUCUGUGUUAUUCUUUUUUUUUUUUUUAAUUCUUUUUUAUUAAGUGCAUAGUGUAUUCUGUGUGUUUAUCUUUGUAUAUCAAUGAAAUUCGGUAUUUACUUUCGGUCUUUGUGUGAAUACUCAUUGUUUUGUAAUGAUCAGAUCUCAAUUGAGUCAAAUUUCUGCC